UGCUGCAUCAAUUAUGGAGAUGAAAAUUGUUAAUCCACUAUUGUCUACCACAUCCAUGAAAGGAAGGAAAGCUCCCCCUAGUCAUUACACAUUAAAAAUUAAGUCAUUCUCAUUGCUUUCUAAGGACUCGAUAGAAAAAUGUGUCUCAGAAGAGUUUCAAACAGGUGAUUACAAAUGGACCCUAACUAUUUAUCCAACUGGGAACACAAAAGGAGAUGGGCAAGGUCACGUUUCUAUUUAUUUGGAGCUUAUGGACCCAACUUCGUUACCUAUUGAUUGGGAGGUCAAUGCCAUUAUAAACUUUUCAGCAUAUAAUUUUAUGGAGGAUGAGUACGUUACAACUCAAGAUGCAAGUGUUAGGCGUUUUCAUGUCCUUAAAACUGAGUGGGGUAUCCCAAAAUUCAUCAACCUUGACACAUUUAAAGACCCUUCAAAUGGAUAUCUGGUUGGUGAUACUUGCGUAUUUGGAGUUGAGGUUUUUGUAGUCGAGACCAAAAAUAAAGGUGAUUGCUUAUCGAUAAUACAUGGACCCAAAAUUUCCCAUAGCUGGAAAUUUUCCAAAUUUUCGUUUGCAAAUUUAGACAGGUACGAGUCCGAAUCGUUUGUAGGUGGAGACUAUAAAUGGAAGCUCAUUUUAUACCCCAAUGGAGUAGUUGAGGGAAAGGGUAACAGUAUUUCAUUAUUUUUAGCUCUGGACGUUUCAACUCUCACACCUAACACUAAAAUAGUCGUGGAUUGCACUUUGCGAGCCAAAGACCAAAACAGUGCCAAACAUGCUCAACAUAACUUUAGCCGCAAGUUUUCCAACUCAAAUUCAGUAUGGGGGUCGAGACACCUCGUGGCCUUGGCUAAACUCAACAAUCAGAACAGUGGAUUUUUGGUGGACGAUGCUUGUAUCUUUGAAGUUGAAUUUGUAGUUAUUGGGUUAAUUACACCCCGGAAUGAUUGAUGUGGUUAAUUAUACAUGUAUUGUGUGGUAUCAAUUAUAGAAAACUCGAGUAUGAGGAUUUGAAUAUUGACGUAACUCUACGAGGCCAUAGUACAAAACUCAACUUCGAAAGACUGGUAUAAGUGACUAAUAUCUUCGUAAGUCAUAUUUUGAGAAUUCGCUCGAUGAAUUAGUCGAAGAAAAUCAGCUAAGUAAAUAAUUCAUAGUGGAGUCCGUGAUAUAUUAUUUAAUGACAUUGUCCACAGUCUAGCCAUUGACGUUACAACCGACGUUAAAAAAGUGAUAGUUGUGAUUGUUGAUAAUAGUUGUUCAUAGUGAGUAUUUGUUGUGAUUUAUGUUUGUGAUAUAUCUGAAAUUGUGUGCUUCACUAUAUUAUUGUAAUAUAUCACGUGUUACGUUACUAUCAUAUCACACUAUUCAAUUUAGUUGUGUCGUAUUA